UGUGUUCAUUUGCGCCACUCUCAGCAAGUCAAUUCCCGGCUUAUCUCCUUUGUGCUUCGUACUAAACCCAAGCAUGAGAGAUGAAAGAGUCUUUCUUACGACGCAAAAAAUUCCAAACCUUAAAAACUCCUUGGAUUAUGUCGUUGACCCCGCUUACAAGGAACCAUUGUGGAAGAAGACCACCCUCAGCUUCGCCACCGCCUGUUAUGAUGGUCGUGGCUCCGGCGGCGAUGGUGACAAAUUCGCCUGUGUUUCGAUAGCUGAGAGGAAAGUUGAUAAAGAAUUCAUGCCGACUCUGGCUCAGCUCCUUAAGCAUCCACUGGCCGCUGUCACAUUCGUUCCCAAAGAUGUUGCCCUGUUCUUCGCCGGAGCCAUUUCCGGGGCUGCUGCCAAGACUGUCACUUCUCCGCUGGAUCGUAUCAAAAUCCUUAUGCAGACUCAUGGAGUACGAGUCGGGCAAGCAAGCGCCAAGAAGGCAUUUGGUUUCAUUGAGGCUAUAACAGUUAUAGGGAGGGAAGAAGGCAUCAAGGGUUACUGGAAGGGCAACCUUCCCCAGGUGCUUUGGAUCAUACCUUACAGUGCUGUCCAGCUGUUUGCUUAUGACAACUAUAAGAAAAUAUUCAGCGGAAAGAAUGUUGAGCUCUCUGUUUUUGGAAGACUUGCUGCAGGCGCUUUCGCAGGCAUGACAUCUACUUUUGUUGCUUAUCCGUUAGAUGUCUUGAGAUUACGAUCAGCUGUUGAACCUGGUCAUCGAACCAUGACACAGGUUGCAUUGGGCAUGCUAAGAGAUGAAGGAUUUGGAUCUUUCUACAUUGGACUGGGGCCUUCUUUAAUUGCAAUAGCUCCUUAUAUUGCUGUAAAUUUUUGUGUUUUUGACUUAUUGAAGAAGUCUUUGCCCGAGAAAUAUCAGAAGAGAACUGAAAUCUCACUAGUAACAGCUGUGCUUUCAACUUCUCUCGCCACUCUGACAUCAUACCCUCUAGACACCAUGCGAAGACAGAUGCAAAUUAAGGGUACGCCUUACAGGACAGUUCUAGAUGCUCUUUCAGGUAUUAUGAACCGGAAUGGAGUUAUGGGGUUGUACAGGGGUUUUGUGCCCAAUGCGUUGAAAAACCUACCAACAAGCAGCAUCAGGCUUACCGCAUAUGACAUUGUUCAACGCCUAAUUGCAGCAAGUGAGAAAGAGUUUCAAACAAUCACUGAGGAAAAUCGCAAGAAACAAAUAAAUACCAAAACUGAAUGAUGGUGACAAUAAUAGAAUUCAUAUUAUCUUAACCCAUUUGUUUUACCUCUUUUUUUUUUUUGGCCAACCCAUUUGUUUUUCCUCUUAAAUUAUUGUUCUUGCAGCUUUGUCCAUUGAACGGCCCGCGCCACAUCCCCAGCUCGUUUCUUAAAACAUAGUUCAAUUGACAAUUAGGUCAAACGAAUUUAGAAAUUUAUUAUACUUGUUUCUGGAAUUAGACGGCACAUGGGCUUGCGG